AUACUUUCCCUCCACACCAAUUCACCCUCCUAAGAAUCACCACAGCAAGAGCAAGAAAAAAAAGGAAAAAAAAAAAGACUUUCUCUUGAAUCAUCAUGACCAUGAAGGACUCCAUAGUUCUAUAUUCAGCUUUGGGAAGAGGACACCUUGUUUCAAUGGUGGAACUAGGUAAACUCAUACUAAGCCACCACCCUUCACUUUCCAUCACCAUUCUUUUCCUAACCCCACCCCCCAACCAAGACACCCCCACCUCCCCCACCGCCUUCACCUGCGACGCCACCGCCAAAUACAUCGCCGCCGUCACCGCCUCCACCCCCUCCAUCACCUUCCACCGCAUCCCUCAGAUCUCCAUCCUCACCGUCCUCCCUCCCAUGGCCCUCACCUUCGAGCUCUGCCGCGCCACCGGCCACCACCUCCGCCGCAUCCUCAGCUACAUCUCCCAAACCUCAAACCUCAAAGCAAUAGUCUUGGACUUCAUGAACUACAGCGCCGCACGUGUCACCAACACGCUUCAAAUCCCCACUUACUUCUACUACACUUCCGGCGCCUCCACCCUCGCCGCUCUUCUUUAUCAAACCAUCUUUCACGAAACCUGCACCAAGUCCCUCAAGGACCUCAACACGCACGUUGUAAUCCCAGGGUUACCGAAAAUUCACACUGAUGACAUGCCAGACGGAGCGAAAGAUCGUGAAAACGAAGCUUACGGGGUUUUUUUUGACAUAGCCACGUGCAUGAGGGGCAGUUACGGGAUUAUAGUAAACACGUGUGAAGCCAUCGAAGAGAGUGUGUUGGAAGCGUUCAACGAAGGGUUGAUGGAAGGAACCACGCCGAAAGUGUUUUGCAUUGGACCCGUGAUUUCUUCUGCUCCUUGUAGAAAGGAUGAUAACGGGUGUCUGAGUUGGUUAAACUCGCAACCGAGUCAGAGUGUUGUGUUUUUGAGUUUUGGAAGCAUGGGAAGAUUCUCGAGGACUCAGUUGAGAGAGAUUGCUAUUGGGUUGGAGAAGAGUGAACAAAGGUUUCUGUGGGUCGUGAGGAGCGAGUUCGAAGAGGGUGAGUCGGCGGAGCCACCGAGUUUGGAGGAGUUGUUACCAGAAGGGUUUUUGGAUAGGACUAAGGAGAAGGGAAUGGUGGUGAGGGACUGGGCCCCACAGGCGGCGAUUCUGAGUCAUGACUCGGUGGGUGGGUUCGUGACUCACUGCGGGUGGAACUCGGUGUUGGAAGCGAUUUGUGAAGGGGUUCCAAUGGUGGCGUGGCCUUUGUACGCGGAGCAGAAGCUGAAUAGGGUGAUUUUGGUGGAGGAAAUGAAGGUGGGGUUGGCGGUGGAGCAGAACAAUAACGGGUUAGUGAGUUCCACCGAGUUGGGUGACCGAGUCAAGGAGCUCAUGAACUCGGAUAGGGGAAAAGAGAUUAGACAGAGGAUUUUCAAAAUGAAAAACAGUGCCACCGAAGCAAUGACUGAAGGUGGAUCCUCAGUAGUUGCAUUGAAUAGGUUGGUAGAAAUAUGGAGGGAGCAUUAAUGGUAUAGAACUUGAGAAUGAGAGAAUGAUUUAGAAAUGUGCAUGAGAUUCAGUAUAAGAACUGAAUUUCUUUCUCAAUAAAGAAUGAGCACGAGUUAAGUUGUUGUAAAUUAUCGAUGUUCUGAAUAUGAAUUCGGUCGUGAUAUUUAUUACUAUCUAGACAUGUUCCACUUUUUUUUA